CGGUGCCCACCCGCUACUUAAGGUGGGUGAGUGACACCAUCCAUCCCCACCCCACCCCCACUGCUAGUGUUUGUACCGGACGACACAGCCCACAGUCCACAGAGGAGCCACUACCCACCAAGAACCAGAGCAGAGAACGGACGCACGCCGCCAUGGGCGAGGAGGAGAAGAAGCCUAAGGAGGAGGAGAAGCCCAAGGAGGAGGAGGCGAAGAAGGAGGAGAAGCCCAAGGAAGGGGAGGAGGAGAAGAAGGACGAGAAGCCCAAGGAAGGGGAGGGGGAGAAGCCCAAGGAGGAGGAGGCGCCGCCGCCGCCGCCACCGCCGCCGGAGGAGGUCGUGAUGCGGGUCUUCAUGCACUGCGAGGGCUGCGCCAGGAAGGUCAAGAAGAUCCUCAAGAGAUUUGAUGGUGUGGAGGACGUGGUUGCCGACUCGAAGGCACACAAGGUGGUGGUGAAGGGAAAGAAGGCAGCUGCAGACCCCAUGAAGGUGGUGGAGCGUGUUCAGAAGAAGACCGGCCGCAAGGUCGAGCUCCUCUCGCCGAUACCGGCACCGGUGGAGGAGAAGAAGGAAGAAGAGAAGGAGGAACCGGAGCCACCGAAACCUGAAGAGAAGAAAGAGCCGUCGGUGAUCACCGUGGUCCUGAAGGUGCACAUGCACUGCGAGGCCUGUGCCCAGGAGAUAAAGAAGAGGAUCCUCAAGAUGAAAGGGGUACAAUCUGCAGAGCCGGACUUGAAGGCAUCAGAAGUGACAGUGAAGGGCCUGUUCGAGGAGGCCAAGCUGGCCGAGUACGUGCACAGGCGCACCGGCAAGCACGCCGCCAUUAUCAAGUCUGAGCCGGCUGCUCCAGCCGAGAAAUCCGGCGAAGGCGGCGAUGCCAAGGACGAGAAGAAGCCUGAAGAAGGCGGCGACGAGAAGAAGGACGGCAAGGAGGCGGAGAAGAAGGACGACAAGGAGGGUGGCUGCGGAGAAGAGAAGAAGGACGAGAAAGAGAAGGAGGCUGGCGGCGAUGGCGAAGACAAGGACAAGGAGAAAGACCCCGGCGCCAUUGCUGCAUACAUGCAUUACCCGCGGUUCCCCUUCCCCACCGGGUACUACGGCCUGCCGCCACCCGGCGCAGGCUACGUUUACCCGCCGCCACCGCAUGGGUACGGCUACCCGCCGCCUCCGCCGCCACCGCCGGUUUACCAAUCGUACCCGCCGCAGAUCUUCAGCGACGAGAACCCCAACGCCUGCUCCGUCAUGUAAAAAGGUAGAAGACGAACCUUGAGGGUCUAGAUUGAAGGGGGGGAAUAAGAAGAGAAAAGGGGCUCUGCAUGAUUUGAGGGGUGUCAUUGCUGCAACAACAACAAUGCCCUUGACUCCUUGAGCAAAAGCAAAAUGGCAGCUUGAAGAAAGCGCCAGGCUUUUUCGCGGUCAGGUUUCUGUUUUCUUUUUUUUGAACUUUUUAUCUUGUUAUUGUAGCUUUUGUAUGCAACCUGUGGUCUAAAGUCUGGACUUCCUUGUCAGUUCAUGGAUGUUUCUUUUUAUAUUAUGUAGAUCCUUUUGCCUUGUAUCGAACUAGCUUAUGUAUAAACUGUCAUUAUAGUAUAA